AUGGAUUAAGAAAGAAGAAUACGAUGGAUUAAAACUUAAUAGUAAAAAUUGGAAGACAUUAGAUUAAGAAAAGUGACUCCAAAUCACAAUUUAAGGAAUGAUAAUUUUAGAUUGAGUAAAACUGAAAAGAUUAUUUAAUUGAAAUAACCAUAAAUGUUAAAACAUUAAUAAACUAUGGCAAUAGAUGAAUAUAUUUCAAAAGGAGAUUGCAAACUUAUUUUUUUAUAAUAAUAAAAUGAAGAUAUAGGAUUCAAAACAUUUACAGAUAUGAUGAAAACUAAUUCAAGUUGGUGGGGAAAAGUUGAUUAACUUAAUCCUAAUGAAUCAAAUUUAAGAUAUAGAUUACAAUUCAAUUAAACAUAAGCACAUUAAUUUAAAAAUGAAAUAAAUAGAAAAUGGACAAGCACAAUAAAUGAAAUUACUGAUUUAAUUAAUAAAUAGUAAGAAAUGUAAUAAUUAUAAAAAAUAAAAAAAAUAAAAUUAAAACCUAAACCUAUACCAUAAGUAGAAGAAGAUGAAUAAAAUAAUAAUAAUGAAAAUAAUAAAUAAUUAGAUGCAUAAUCAAAUUUUGUAAAAGUAUUUUGGUUUAACAUUUAAAUUGAUGAAUGGAAACCUCCAAUAAGAGAAGGAUGUUCUGUAACUUAUAUACCUUCUUUAAAUAAAGCAUAUAUGUAUGGUGGAAUAGGCAAUGAUUUAUUUAAGAAUGUAAUAGCAUUGAAUACGUAGACAUGGGUAUGGAAAGAUAUAGGAAUUGGAAAAGGAGAAGCACCAAAUGAAGGGAGAUUUGGACAUACAGGAACUUAAUAUAAACAAAAUAUUAUUAUAUAUGGAGGAGAAAAGAAGUUUAAUUAACUUAUGAAGAUCAGAGAAUGUUAUAGUGAAGUUAGAAUGUUUAAUCCAUCAGAAAAAUCAUGGGCUUUAGUAAAAACUAGUGGUGAUAUUAUAGAAGGAAGAAGAAAUCAUAUAGCUUAAUGCAUUGGUAAAUAUUUUAUUAUUUUUGGUGGAAUCAAUUCUUAUGGUAAAGUUUUAAAUGAUGUUUGUGCUUUAAAUUUAGAAACAAAUAAAUGGUAUUUUAUAUUAUUAUUUGUUUUAGGUCUAUUCUACAUAUAGAAAAUUAAUUUCUAGAAGGAGUCUCUGAUGCUGCUUCUGUAUCUCUAUUCAAUGGAGAAGUUAAAAUGGAAAAUCCUUAUUUCACCUAUGAUUGUAAUAAGAAAAAAGGAUUAUUUCCAAAUGUUAAUUAUGAAGGAAUUUAUGUCUUUGGAGGUAGAAUUCAAAAUGGAGAUGCCUCUAAUGAUUUGAGAAUUAUUUAAUUUGGAUUUAAACCUAUUAGAAUCAAUAAAUUAAAAACUAAAGUACUUCUUUUCAAUCAUUUUAGGGGUAAAUACCAAUCGCUAGAUAUUCUCAUAGUCUUAAUUACUUUUAUCAUCUUAAUGCUCUUAUUGUUUAUGGUGGACGUAAUGAUUCUAGAGAAGGCAACAUUCUUAAUGAUUUAUAUGUUUUGUAAUUAAUGUAGAUGAAUUGGAUACUUGUCUAAUAAAUUGGAGCAUUAAAAUAUGGUAAAUGUAGUCAUUGUUCUGUUUCUAUUGAUUCCAAAAUCUUAAUUUUUGGAGGCUAUACAUAAAAUGUGUAUGCCAAUGCUGAUAUUCAAUUAAUUGAAUUAGAUCAACAUAAAGUUUAAAAAAUGAUUAAAGAAAAUAAAAUUAAUCAUUAAAUGACAAUAACCAACUCAGAUUUACUUACUAAUGCCAAUUUAAAAGUUUUUAAAACUGAACUUUAAUAAGAAAAUGCUGAUUUAGAAUUAAAUUAAUCAAAUAAACUUUAUGAUACUUUAAGAAUGAGUUCAUUAAAUCUUAAAACCUUUAUGCCUUUACCCACUAAAAAUACAUCUUAAUUAAUGCAAGAAUAUAAAUUAUUAAGACUCAACUCUAAGUUUUCCAAAACUAAUAUCUUUCAAAGUAUAUGA